AUGAACCACAUGCAAGUUGUGACUGUAUCAAGGAUAGUGAAUUACGAGUUAAACAUGUUAACACCCUUUAAGUACGAUAUCCUUGUUGAGACUCCUUGGAUGGUUCCCAUUGUGUGGGAGGGGACCUUUAACAGUGAGCUACUACAUGAGCACUUCCAGCUCCAGAAUGUUACCAUUGGAUUAGCUGUGUUUGCUAUCAAAGAACUCCUGAUCUUCCUGAAGCUAUUUCUGGAGACUGCGGAGGAAUACUUCAUGGAGGGAUAUAGGAUGAAAUACUACAUCUUCACUGACAAACCAGAGAGUGUUCCACUCAUCCAGCUCAAAAGAGGAAGGCAAAUGGUCAUCCUGGAGAUCCAGAGUCACGCCCACUGGCAGAACCUCUCCAUGUACCGCAUGGAGAGAAUCAGCACUUUUUCCAGGCUGCGCUUUAUCAGGGAGGUGGAUUACUUGGUGUGUGCAGAUGUGGACAUAAAAUUUUGGAACCACGUGAGUGUGGAGAUCCUCUCCUCCUUAUUUGGCACCCUUCAUCCUGGCUUCAUUGGGCGCAGAAGGGACUCCUAUGAUUAUGAACGCCUGCCUCAGUCACAAGCCCAUAUUCCUGUGAAUGAGGGAGACUUUUACUACACAGGAGCCUUUUUUGGGGGGUCAGUGCUGGAAGUUUACAAGCUUACCAAGUUUUGUCACCAGGCAAUGAUGGUGGACCAAGCUCAUAACAUAAAGAGCAUGUGGCAUGAUGAGAGCUAUUUGAAUAAGUACCUGCUUUACCACAAACCCACCAAGGUCCUCUCCCCUGAGUACAUGUGGGAUAAGAAUCUAUUGAAAUUGCCUGUCUUUGCAAAAAUGGAUGCAAGAAGGGAACUGGUCCAAAAAAUCACCAAGCAAUCAUUGAAGGAUAAAGACUUCUAG